AUGGAUCGAUCAAGUUCAGUACCUCGACCUGGAUCUGGAGCCUUAAUCCCUCCCUCGCAAGGACAGUCAUACAGACCAAGUGGUGCACCAUCUUAAUUUUCAAAUUCUCAAAUGAAAUUCAUGAAUGAUCUAGUUUAACAGUAGCCAAACAGUUAGAGACAAGCUGUUAGCCAAUAACUUGAAUAACUAACUCCCGAGGAAAUAAGUGAAAUUUAGAGAAAGUUGGAAAACGGUGAGAUUUUGCAUGGUCUCUCAGCCCUACCAGAAGGAGCCAAUAUGACACAUAAAUUUAUAGUUAAAGUGAGAAAGCAUAAUCAGCCUGCCCAACCAGUAAAGUCAACACCUCCUCCUCCACCGCCUUAGAAGUAUGUUCCCUAAUAUUGUCCUGAUUGUCUGAAUAAGGAUCAAAAAGUAAUAGUUAAAUUGUAUUUGAAAUUAGCUAAAGCAGUAGGAUGCAAAGAUCGAAUAAUUACUGGAUGAAAUGAACAAGAUGAGCAAGUUCUUGGUUGACAAGAGUCAGGAAAUUGAAAUCUGGAAAAGACAAUAUAUGGCUAUUUAAUAAGUACGAAUUCCCAUCAUAUCUAGGAUCUUUCCAAGCCAAAAGUGAUUGAUAAUUCAGAUAAGUAUCUAAAAGAGAUCAACGAUUUGAAAAACAAACUCAAUCAAAAGGAAAAUGAAAUCCAAUCCCUUGAAACCAACAUCAAAUAAAUUUAAGAAAACCAAGAUCAAAUUGAAUUGAGAGGUGGCAACAAUGACGAUGGCGAAUUGGAGCAGUUGUAAAAGGAUCUCUAUGAUGCCAAACAAGAAAUCGAACUCUAUAAGGAAGACAACGAUAGAUUGAAUUAUAAGUUAAGCAAUAUGGAGGCUCAAUUACAGAAUAGGAGAACAGAGAUAACCACUAUUUAUAAACCUGAUCCUGAAACCGAACGAUAACUCAGAGAACUACAAAGCAAAUACACUCUCCUCCAAUCACAAUAUUACACCAUCUCUGAACAAUCAAAAACUUAUUAAAAAGAAAUCCAAUAUGAAACUAAAAUCAUCUACUAGCCUGAUCCUGAAACAGAAAGAUAACUCUAAGAACUUAAGCAAAAGUACACUCUCCUUUAGUCUUAAUAUUACACUCUGCAAGAAACGAGCAAGAUAGUCUAAAAAGAAAUACAAUAUGAAACCAAAGUUAUUUACUAGUCAGAUCCUGAAACUGAGAAAUUGUUGCAAAAGAAAAUCUAACAAUAUGAAGAACUAUACGCUCGAUAUACAUUGAUUCAAGACUAGUAUACCUCGUUGCAAUAGAGACAAUAAACCACAGUUUAUGAAACUAAGACUAUCUAUUAACCAGAUCCUGAAACCGAGAGACAAUUACAAAUUAAAAUUGAUCAAUAUAAUCAAUUGCAAUCAAGAUAUAAUCAAUUACAAAAUCAAUUUUACUCAUUGGAAGAGAGAAGUAAAAUUGUUCAGAAGGAAAUAUAAUAUGAAACAAAAGUAAUUUAUUAGCCUGACCCUGAAACAGAGAGAUUACUAAAAUUGAAGACUCAAUAAUUGGAAUCCAUGACUACUAAGUGCAGUAUGUUACAAGAACAAAUUGAAACAACCAGAAUCUAAAUAGAAUAGUAUUAAACCAGAGUGUACUAAUUCGAGUCAAGAAAAUCAGAUAGUGAAAACUACCAAAUCUAAAUUGAACAACUCAAAGAUCAACUCAGAAGAGCUAAUUCUGAUAUUGAGUAAUACACUAGAAAGAUCUACCAAUUAGAAUCCAACAAUGAAUAAACAGCGUUUCUUAAGAAGUAGAUAUCCGAUCUUAAAUUGCAGUAUGAACAGGAAUAGCAAUUAACUUUCCAAUUGAAACGAAGAAUUGAAGAGAUGAAGGCUGAACAAUCUUAAUAUGAGGUCUAUUAGUUUAAGAUAAGGGAAUUGGAAGUCCUUUUAUAGUAAAAAGAGGAUCGAAUCAGAUAACUUUAAUUGGAGUCUGAUUAGUAUAGAUCCGAGAUGAUUACUUAUCAAUAGAGAAUAUCAAGUUAUCAGAUUAAUAUUGACAACAAUGAGGCUCUUAAGUAAUAGAUUUAAUAGUGGAGAGAGAAGUAUGAAUAAUUGGAACAAAAGCAGAGGUACUAAAUAAAUGAGGAGGUGAAUCAAUGGAAAAUUAGAUACGAGCAAAUCGAAUAGAGAUACAUAUCGUUGUAAUAGAGUUACGAGACUAUUUAAAUUACUUUGAAUCAAUAUCAAGAUAAUGAACAAUCAGAAGUUUUGAAAUUAGAAAUCAAGAGAUUAUAAAAAACUGUAUGACUUAAUAUUUAUGUUUAGAUUGUUGAGUUGAGAAGUGAGAUCGAUAGAUUACUAGUUUAAGCUUCGGAUAAUCAAUGGUUAUCAAAGAGAUAUGAGGAACAGUAAUUAUUAAUAGAGCAAUUCAAAUCUCAAUUGGAGGAGAGACAAUCAGUCUAGAGGGAAUACACUUAUGAGAUUCAGAACUUGAACCAAAAAAACGAGCACACCACCAGCACCAGUCAGAAGAUAGUGACUACUUAAUAAUAAUAUACUCAGGAUUCGAAGUCAAUCUACCCAUAGAUGACUUAAUAAACGAAGACGAUUGAGUAUAGUUCAGUCCAACCGAAGAUCAAUGAAUAUAGCUCUUAUUCAUCAAGGCCUAUUGAGUAUACGAGUGUGUAAUAGAGACAGUCUUAUUAACAAUCUCAGUUUCUGUAACCGAGUCAGAUCGUAAUGAACGAAUAAAAGCGAGUAAUAUAUUUGUGAGUAUGAAAUUAGAGCAGAGUGGAAUAAGAGUUUAGUUCAUAGAGAUGGAAUGAUAAUUAUGAAGUGGUAUUGAAUGAAGUGACUCAAAAGGAGAAGUAAUUUUCAUGAUAUAAC